AUGCAGCCCCAGUACCGCCAAUACGCCGCCCAUGCUGGCGCGCCGCAGGUUCCCCAGCGGGCUCCACAUGCCCCAAAUCAACGGAGAGGCGGCAUCGGUCCUAUCAUGCCUCCGAGCCAUCAUGCUCAAGCAGCCAUGAACCAGGCCGCCAUGGCGCAGCACCAUCCUCCGGGCCAGGCCCUCACGAGCGAGCUUGCCAAGCGUCGCAGCAGAAAGCCGACCGAUAAGACAUUGCCUGAUGGUGUCGACGAAUGCAUCACGGAUACCGAGGUCGCCCAGAGAUACAAGGAUUUGCGCGACUUUGAGCGACGUCUGGACGCAGCCAUGACGCGCAAGCGACUCGACAUUGUCGAGACAGUUGGACGAAACGCAAAGCACUACAAAACCCUUCGUAUCUGGAUCAGCAAUACUGUCGAGGACCAGGCAUGGCAAGGAAGUGGUCUCAGCGUUGAUAGCUUCGACUUCACCCCCAGCGCCGAGCCUUCUUACAGGGUCAAGAUCGAGGGACGACUACUCGAGGACGGAUCGGACGACACGUCGGGAGAAACUGACCAGAAGAUGGAGUCUGCAGAAGUAGAAGGCGCGACUGGGUCAAGGAGACAAAGUUCUGCGCCUGUGAGCCAGAAACAUCGACUUUCCCAUUUUUUCAAAGCGCUGAACGUCGAUUUCGAUCGUACCCGCUCGAGGGCCGCAUCCGAUCAAACCGUGGAGUGGAAGAAACCUGCUUCGCAAGGCGCAGCGGCAAGUGCAGACUUCGACGAGUUCACCUUCAAGCGGAGCGGGGACGAGAACAUGAACAUCACUAUCAACCUCCAUCGCCAGGAAGAUCCGGAGCGAUAUCUUCUCAGCCCUGAGCUGGCCGAUGUUGUGGACAUGGCUGAGGCUUCCCGCCAAGAGGUCGUCCUCGCAAUUUGGGAGUACAUCAAAAUGAUGGGUCUCCAAGAAGACGAGGAGAAGCGCAACUUCCGUUGCGAUGAGCUUCUUAAGAAGAUUGUCAACGGCAGCGAUACUGGUAUCAUUCCUAACCUGAAUGAUUACAUCCAACCCCACCUCCAACCUCUGCCACCAGUCAGCUUACCAUACACCGUACGAGUUGACGAGGAUUUUCACAGCGACGCACAGCCCACCAUCUACGACGUGCGUGUGGCAGUAGAUGACCCCUUGCGAGCCAAGCUGGUACCUUUUGUUACCACUCCUGCGUAUGCGAGCGCCCUCAAGGAGGUUGUUGCUAUGGAUGAACAGCUAGCAACGCUUAUCUCGGCCGUCGCGAGCUCUAAGGCGAAGCACUCGUUCUUCACGUCAAUGAGCCAAGACCCCGCCAACUUUGUGAGAAAUUGGAUGAGUUCGCAGAAACGGGAUCUUGAGAUCAUCAUGGGAGAAGCAACCAGAGGAGGAGGCGAAGAUGCUACGGGCGACGACUGGCGACGAGGUGGCAGGGACAGCGUUUGGACGACAUCCAACGCGCGCGAAAGCGUCAGUGUCAUGCUUGCCAAGCAAGCCCCGCAGGCGUCUAGGUGA